AUGGGGUGCACCAUGUCGCAGGAGGAGCGCGCAGCGCUCGAACGAUCAAGAAUGAUUGAGAAAAAUCUGAAAGAGGACGGCAUGCAAGCUGCUAAGGACAUCAAGCUUCUUCUACUAGGAGCUGGAGAAUCCGGAAAGUCAACCAUUGUUAAGCAAAUGAAGAUUAUUCACGAGUCUGGAUUCACAGCGGAAGAUUACAAGCAGUACAAGCCAGUAGUUUACAGCAAUACCGUACAAUCUCUCGUCGCUAUUCUUCGUGCCAUGACUAAUUUGGGUGUUGGAUUUGGUGCAACAGAAAGAGAGAUUGACGCCAAGUUAGUUAUGGAUGUUGUGGCUCGAAUGGAAGACACUGAACCAUUCUCGGAAGAAUUGUUAGCCGCCAUGAAACGACUAUGGGCAGACAAUGGUGUUCAGGAAUGUUUCGCUAGGAGUAACGAAUAUCAGCUCAACGAUUCAGCCAAAUACUUCUUGGAUGAUUUGGAGCGAUUAGGAGAAUCUACGUAUCAACCUACUGAACAGGAUAUUCUUAGGACUCGAGUAAAGACAACCGGUAUCGUUGAAGUACACUUCACUUUUAAGAAUCUCAAUUUCAAACUCUUCGACGUAGGAGGUCAACGAUCCGAACGGAAGAAGUGGAUUCAUUGCUUUGAAGAUGUUACAGCCAUCAUCUUCUGUGUUGCUAUGUCGGAAUAUGAUCAAGUACUUCAUGAAGACGAGACAACAAAUCGUAUGCAUGAAUCGUUGAAGUUAUUUGAUUCAAUUUGCAAUAACAAGUGGUUCACGGAUACUUCCAUCAUUCUAUUUUUGAACAAAAAAGAUUUGUUUGAGGAGAAGAUUAAGAAAAGCCCUCUGACUAUCUGUUUCCCUGAAUAUACUGGUCGACAAGAUUACCAUGAAGCUUCUGCCUACAUUCAAGCUCAAUUCGAAGCUAAAAACAAGUCAGCCAAUAAGGAAAUUUACUGUCACAUGACAUGUGCCACUGAUACAACGAACAUUCAGUUCGUAUUUGAUGCCGUGACAGAUGUAAUCAUAGCAAACAAUCUUCGUGGUUGCGGACUCUAUUAG